UUAGUUUGGCGCAUGUUUGGCAAUACAGUGGAUCAUCACCUGUUAAAAGGUCCAUUUUCAGAUGAUUUAACUGAAUUUCAAUCUCUUUCAGAUAUAGAGCAUGCAGGUAUACCUCCACGACAAUUUCACGAGGAUCACGAUUGCAGAAGAGCGAGCUCAAGAGGAAUCAUCCCACGUGCUAAAAUAAAGACUGUAAAAAUGACGUUCGUCAUUGUAUUCGUAUUCGUCAUAUGCUGGAGUCCUUACAUAAUAUUUGAUUUGCUACAAGUGUAUGGCCACAUUCCGAAAACUCAAACAAACAUUGCCAUAGCGACUCUGAUUCAAAGUUUGGCACCAUUGAAUUCGGCUGCAAAUCCAGUGAUUUACUGCGUGUUUUCCACACACAUCUGUGGAAAUUUGAGAAACAUACCACCCUUCACCUGGAUAUCGAGCUGCCUGUCCUUAUGUUUCCCAGCGGUCAGAGGAUCCAGGUCCUGUCUGGGAUACGGCUCUGGAGAACCACACGGCACCGUCACCACCACCCUAACGCACUCCUCGAGGAGAUCAGCUUCUGCAGCGUCCCUGAGGCACACCAUAAGGCUCCAGCCGGCGCUUCACCAUAGUAACAAAGUUGCGAUUUCUGUUGUCUAGUCAUGUUGUUGAAACAGGGUAAGGAUUUGGUAGGUUUUACCGAGGUCAGUGUGUAAAUUAGUAUAAGGCUAUUGUUUGGAAUUUGUUGUUGUUUGAAUUCGUUUGAAAGAAAUUGAACUACUCUGUACUUUCCAUCAUGAUCAGUUGAGCAAAUAUGGUUAUUGGUAUACGUAGUUUGAAAUCGAUUUGCCUUCGACUUUGUUCACUCCACUAACGGCAUGGAAAUUUCAAUACGAUAUUCCAAUGUAACGAAAAUUCUUUGCAAUGAGACGGCUCAAAAACCAAAUAAUGCUCAGGAUACCAGCCAGUUCAAAUAGAACUACUCUACAGAUACAGAUACAUGAUGUUACAACGGAACCGUGACUCUCCAUGUAGGUGAGCAUUGGACAGGCGAGCAAGGAUUAUCAGAAACACGUCAAUUUUUGUCACAAUAUUGCCCAAUUUCUAUUUGAGAUUCAUCCCCGAAACUUCAUCCCCAAAGCAUGUACUCUUUAUAUUCCACCUAGCUUUCUAGGUUAAUAGGAUCGGAAGUUGGAGAACUAGGAAGCUCCCAUUCUUGAUUCGACGUUGAAGGAAAAACAGUUGAAAUUGUUUAGUAAACGUCCAUCUCCUCUAUAGACCCUCAGUUGGAUUGUUUGGUUACUUAAAAGUCCUGAAAGGGUCCCUCACCGCCACCUCUCCAGAAUUUUCAAUUCCUAUUCAAAAAGCAAGCACCAGAUGUUGUCUUGGUUUGUCGAAGGCGGGAUAAUUAUCCUCUCUACAAACGGAGGUUCGUCUAUUCCAAAAUAAUUACCGACCGAUAACUUGCCGAAUUAUAUCUAUAAGUUGUUUUCCGACAUCUUAUAUGGACGAAUACUCUCCGCAGUUGACGCAACAUUCCAAAGCGGAUAUAACAGAUAUGGCUGACUGCAAGAAGAAUUUGCUCAUCGACAGAUUAUGACGCAGGACUCUAAAAGAAUAGGCGUAACCCCUCUAUGGACAGGAUUGAAUUUCGCAAGGCAAUAAUUACAUCUCAGGGGCUCAUCGUGCUUUCUAUUUGAUCGUUACUAGACCAAAUAGUCAUAUACCUUGGAUACCUGAUACAACUCUUAAACAUUCCUUUUACCAUAUCAUCUAACCAAGCUGAAGUUCAAAUAUAAUAGGUCACUUUCAGAAGGGGCGUGUUUCAAAAACAUUCCCUCAGGUCCCUUCUUUCCUUCCUCUCACUUCCGUCAAUAUCAUAUGCUCUGAGACCAGGGGUGUCUCUGGAAAAAACUAUCUCUAACAGUUCCAAAGAGUGGUAGAGUGGAUUUCGGAUUAAACAAAUGUGCAACGAUUCAUAUCAAAACAGGAUGAUUCGAGUAUUACGAAGAUGAGGUGCAGCUCCAAGAUGGCAGAAUCCUUCAACAUCUGAAGGCUGAAAUGAAUAUAGUGACCUUUGGGUGGAAUCCAGAAAAAAAUACAUUGUGGAACUCGUUCGCAACUCUCGGGAAAGAACACCUGCUCGCUUUUAUCCGAGUAGUAACUAAGAAGCUGUACCGACUCUACGUGAAGACCCCGAAAUUGAUGAUCCCAAAUCGUCCGUUCUCCAGUUAUACGUUCUUCCACAAGAGGAACGUCGUGGGCUUCUGAGUUUGGAAUUUUUUUAUGACAGAAUGGUUUUGGCCUGAUGACUGUAAAGUCAUCAGGAGUUCAGAUCAUCUUCUCUGCAUGGUUCGUGCAGGGGUCAAUGCAUUUCUCUUUGAAGCAGCUGCCAAAUUGGCCGAAGAAGUUGAUUUGACUUUCUAAACUGAACGAGGUGGCCAAUAUUCUAUCGGCAAGUAGAACUUUUUCAGCAAAAGACACAUGAAAGACGUAGGAAACCGUAACUCCUGCGGCUAUACAAGAAAAAGCCGAUGCAUGGGUAAUUCCUCAAUAAUAUUGACGAUCUCGGUUCAUCAAAACACCUGACCUUUGCUUUCCUCGAGGUCGAGUGAGCUGAUAUCGAAAACCGAGGGCUUCUUCAUGGUCUGUCAGGAUGGUGUCUCCAACACCUCAGUCUUCCGCAACCUCAUGAUGGCUAUGAAAGUUCCUGACAACAGGUGCAUGUGGAGCACCUGAAACCCUAAGCACUUGCUGUCGGCAUGUCCAAUAUAUGGGGUCUCUGUGUUUUUCAACUGAGAUGAAACGGUCCUGGAAAUGCUUGAUCACCAUUUUCGGUACUUCAUCAUAACUGAUGAGAUACCAAUUUUGCGUCAUGCUCCGGGGAGACUGAGAGGUGCCGAAUUUAGUGAAACUACUUCUUCCUCGCCUUCAGGCAAAUACAAGCUGAUAAUCUUAAUGUAGUUCUUCUCUCCCGGUGAAGCGAAUAUCUUUCGAAAAUAGGAGGAAACAGAGAUGAAGUAUCAAUAUUUACUACUCGAACUCCGCAAACUCUACCCAGUUGUUCGUUUUGUUGGAGUCUUUGACAGAAUUAUGCCCUCUUGAAUCUCAAAUUCAUGUUUGUUUGUCACGGCGAGGCAGAAAUCUUGGUGAAAAAAAUGCAGGAAGCAUUUUGUCUACUUAGGGCACACGACUCUUAGGCUCAAUGACAUUCACGUCACUGUAUAGAGACUGCUCCAAAUAUGUCGGAGCAUCGGGGCAAAGUCCGACAGACCUACUUGUUCACCGUUCAAAAAUGUUUCAUUUUUCUGAACUGGAUAUUCACAAUUGCCUGAUGUAUAAUAAAUAUUUCCAACAGUGCUCUUGGUAUAACAAACAUUCAUGGUUCACCCUCUAUCAUUUUGAAAAUUUUCACAAUAACAAGAUUGACCUUUCAAAGAAUUCUUGAAAUGACUGUAUUUUCAGCUCCUUACAUAGAGAGUUCUGUUUACCCGUUUUCCUUAAUUAAUUCAAAGAUGUCGUGAAUAUAGUUGCCUUAUACUAAUUUAUGGUGUUAUCCCUCUGGAGACCUGGCAAACUGGGAAUCCGCUCCCAACUUAACCGGGAAAACCGAAUGUCGUUGUUAUGUGGAGUGAAUU